AUGUCAAACGUGCGAGUGUCUAACGGGAGCCCGAGCCUCGAGCGGAUGGACGCCAGACAGGCCGAGUACCCCAAGCCCUCCGCCUGCAGGAACCUCUUCGGCCCGGUCAACCACGAAGAGUUGACCCGGGACUUGGAGAAGCACUGCAGAGACAUGGAAGAGGCGAGCCAGCGCAAGUGGAAUUUUGAUUUCCAGAAUCACAAGCCCCUGGAGGGCAAAUACGAGUGGCAGGAGGUGGAGAAGGGCAGCUUGCCCGAGUUCUACUACAGACCCCCGCGGCCACCCAAAGGCGCCUGCAAGGUGCCGGCGCAGGAGAGCCAGGACGUCAGCGGGACCCGCCAGGCGGGGCCUUUACUGGGGUCUCAGGCCAACUCAGAGGACACACACUUGGUAGACCAAAAGACUGAUGCGCCCGACAGCCAGACGGGGCUAGCGGAGCAGUGCACUGGGAUCAGGAAGCGACCCGCGACCGACGAUUCCUCUCCUCAAAACAAAAGAGCCAACAGAACAGAAGAAAACGUCUCAGACGGUUCCCCGAACGCGGGUUCAGUGGAGCAGACGCCCAAGAAGCCGGGCCUCAGAAGACGUCAAACGUAA